UGUUUUUUCAAGUCAUCCUUCUAUUUUCGAGACUAUCUUUGUCAGUGUCCCUUUCGUCCAUUUUACGGGAUUAAAUGAAUGAAUGGAGACAUAUCCCGUGUUUGUGUAAACAUGGUCACGGAUUAAAUGACUGAAUGGAGACAUAUCCCGUGUUUGUGUCCCACGGGAGCACCUGUGGCUUUCCACCGGCGUCCUCGUUUCCCAUGAGGUGCACCAGGAUACUAACGCUGACAUUAGUCUUCUUGUUCCUGGACACAUAUGGUCAUGCUGUCCAGGUGAUUGGAGGAAACCGGACUGCAGUCCAAGGAGGGAAUAUUGUCUUACAUUCCAACAUAAUUGACACCACAGAGACCCUCUUCAAAAUUUCAUGGAAGAGGGCUACCCAAGGAGAAGUUCUGAAUAAAAACCUCUUUAUGAUUGUGCCCAUAAAUGGAAGAGUGGUGGACAAUGGGCACAAAGAUGGUCGAUUUAAAUUCAUUGGGAACUUAAAACAGAACGAUGGAUCUCUCCGGUUAUCAAACGUCACAUUGCUGGAUGAAGGGGUCUACACAUGCAUCUUCACUCUUUUCCCGAGUGGAAAUCACAAGACGGAGAUACCUCUAAAAGUGCUAGUGCCUCCUGUCACAGAUGUAAAAGACGAUCUUCCUGUUUUGGGUGAUAAAGAAAUUUCCCUUGCUACCUGCUUGGCUGCUGGUUCCAGGCCUCCAGCAGAGGUGAGGUGGCUCACCGGUACUCUCACACAAAAACUGAGGUCAACAACCGACUACAUCCAACAUGAAAAUGGUACGACUACCACAGUCAGCUACCUGAUAGGUGAACCUACCAGAGAAAUAUACCAACAUGUGGUCCACUGUGUCAUCACCUGUCUUUCAUACCUAUUCACACGCUGCAGGCACAGCCAUCAGGAGCCAGACCUGGUCAACCGUGGCCUCAAUCUGCUGUCCACGUACACGGGGCCACGCUACAGUUUUCAAGCAUGA